AUGAAACGAUUAGGAAUAGUUUGGGUAUUGGCCGCGUUAGUGGAGUUAAGUUGCCAAACUGCUCUCAGCGCCGACGAUUGCACCAUCACCGAAUUUUCGCAAGUACAAUCGGUAACCGAGAACUGCAAAGACAUUGUCAUUCAAGAUUUGCAUGUACCUGGAGGACAAACUUUAAACCUCCUUCUCAGCAAGGAAACUACCGUUGUGGUAAAAGGUAACAUCACCUUCGGUUAUUUCGUAUGGAACGGGCCGUUGGUGCAAAUCAACGGCACCAACUUCACCAUAAGAGGCGAACCAGGGCACGUUUGGGACGGUCAAGGUCAGUCGUACUGGGAUGGCCAGGGAGAAUGGGGAAGCACAAAGCCGCUACUUUUCAACGUCAUGGCCGACGGUGUGUCUCUGUUCGAAGAUUUUAACGUUUUGAACACUCCGAGACACACUUUGAUUUUGAGCGACUCAGAUCGAGUCACAUUUAGCAAUUGGUUGAUCGACGAUUCUGCCGGUGACGAGAACGUGGCACCACCAAAUCGAUUCGCCCACAACACAGAUGGGUUUGCCUUAUGGAACUCGACCAAUAUAGUGGUAAAGGAUUCGAAAGUACUCAAUCAAGACGAUUGCGUCGCAAUCCGUUGUGGCUCGAACUAUGUAGUGGACAACGUGCAUUGUGUCGGAAGUCACGGCCUCAGCAUAUCGGUGGGUUUUAGCAACGACUCUGUUAAACUUAAUACCUUGACCAACGUGGUGAUUAGCAACAGCGUCCUCGAGUUUGGUGAAAACGGUAUUCACGUUAAAACCCACGUGGACGGCGGAGAAGGACUGAUCAACAACGUCACGUACGAGAAUAUAAGAUUAUCAGGCCCGAUAAACUACGGAAUCAAUAUUCAACAAAACUACAGGAAUCUGCCUGCCAAUACACCGAUGGACCCCACUCCCAAGGGAAAUAUUCCAAUCACAAACUUGCGCCUUUUGAAUGUUGUCGGGAGCGUAGAUGACAGCGCAGUUCCCGUUUACAUCAAUUGCGCAGAGGGUGCGUGCAGUGAUUGGGUAUUCGACAAUGUUUCCGUUUCCGGUUCGAAAGUGAACGACUGUAAUUUUAGUCCCGAAGGAUUUGAGUGUGAUUAA